AUGGAGAAAAACUUCUUGUUUUUUGUUUUACUGAUUGUCGUUGGCGAAUCUUGUUUCAUGAUGCUUCCUAAUACCAAAAAACAUGCUUGUCAAAGUGCAGGACCAAUUUCUAAGUUUAUCCUCUCCCUUAUUCUUGAAGAUUUUCCUGAGAUUGACAGGUUGAUAUAUUUCCUCUCAAAGAAAGACGUUCAGCAUCUUGAUCUUAGAUUGCUCGUGUCUAACAACCAAUACAACUUGCCUUCUUCAAUUUUCACAUGUUUGCAAUUGAGAUAUCUGUCUCUCCAUGGUUGUUCAAUACAGCUUGCUCCACCAACCUUCAAAGGAUUUGACAUGUUAAAUAGCCUCGAAUUACAUAGCGUCACAAUUUCUUCCGAAAUUCUUGAAAGCUUAAUCUCUAGUUGCCCAUUGCUCGAACAAUUGUUGUUGCGUGAUAUUAUUUACAGCGGUGUCAUUGAAAUUAAUGCUCCCAAGCUGAGAUCCUUCGACUUCGUCGAAAAUAUAGGAUCUGUAUGUUUAAAAAGUGUCCCUCGUCUUGCUAAAUUUUCACUCUGGCAUACGAAAUAUCAUGUGGGGAUAGGAAAUUGUUUUAAGUCGUUCUCCAGUCUUGAAUAUCUCGAGUUGAAUGCUUGUUGUCUUAAGUUCGUGGCUGCAGUAACAGGUGAAGUACCAACAAGGCUCCCUUUUGAUCUUAAUUCUGUCAAACAUCUGUGCCUAAAGGAGAUUAAUCUGGAAGAAUUGGAUGAGGAUGCUGAUUACAAUGGUGAUUCUCAAGCACUAGAAUGUCUUGAAGUGGAAGCUUUCUCAGAUGUAACAUUUAAUCACCUCAGGAAAGUUCAUCUAUUUCGUACUGUUGGCUCAAACCCUGAGAUGCAGCUUAUCAAGCUUCUAUUGGCCAAGCCCCCCAUGUUGAAGGAAAUGCUAAUCUUCCCCUUGAACGUAGAUGACGAUUUCAAUCGAAUCGAGUUUCCCAUUAUGAUAAACUCGUUUCGGCGUGCAUCGCCUGAAGUAGAAGUUAUUUAUGCUAAUUAUGGGUGA